AUGACAGUGGUGAGGCUCUGCCUCCCCUUUUUGCAAUUACUUUUAAGCUUAUGCCUAUUUAUUGUGAUGUACCAUGGCUAUGGUUUUGUCUUAAGAUCUCAUAGGCCCAGCCACAGUUCCUCAGAAUGCGAAAACAGAAGCACUGUGACCACUUUCAUCCUCCUGGGCUUUACAGAGAGACCUGAAUUGAAUCCUCUGUACUCCAGCAUUUUCCUUCUCCUGUAUGUGCUGACAGUACUGGGCAAUGGGUGGAUGGUGACCUUGAUCAGAACUGAACGUCGUCUGCACACUCCAAUGUACUUCUUCCUCAGCAACCUCUCUCUCCUGGAUCUUUGCUAUUCCUCAGUCAUUGCACCCAAGGCUCUGGAGGUUCAGCUACAACAGGGCAAGGCUUACAUUUCCCUUCCAUCUUGUGCAGUUCAGAUGUUUUGUUUUACUACUCUGGUGACAACAGAAUGUUUUCUUCUGGCUGCCAUGGCCUAUGAUCGUUUCCUGGCCAUUUGCCACCCUUUGACCUACACCUUACUCAUGACCCACAAGAAUUGUGUUUGCCUUGUGCUGGGGGCUUACAGUUGUGGUUUAGUGGGUUCCAUCGUCCAGACUAGUGGAGCUUUCCGGUUGUCCUAUUGUGGGCCAAACCAUAUCAACCACUUCUUCUGUGAUAUCCCUGCUGUCCUGAAGCUCUCUUGCUCUGACACUCAGCUUUCUGAAGUAAUCCUUUUUGUUUCCACAACUGUCAUUGCCAUAGUAACCAUCACCACCAUCUCUGUUUCUUAUCUCCGGGUCUUGUGGAAUGUCCUCUGGAGCCACUCUACUCAAGGACGACAAAAGGCCCUCUCCACUUGCUCUUCCCACCUGACUGCUCUGAGCCUCUUCUAUGGCACUGCCAUCUUCAUGUAUGCCCAACCAAGGAACAAGGAUGGAUCACAAGAUCAAGACAAGGUGGUCUCUCUGUUUUAUACCCUGGUGAUCCCUCUUCUGAAUCCAGUCAUCUACAGCCUGAGGAACAAAGAUGUGAAAGAGGCCAUGAAGCAUCUGUUCAGCAGGAAGAUCCUGGCCAUGAGGUAG